GUUGACGCAUUGCAUAUGGUCUUAGGGAAAGACCACAGUGGGCGGGUAGUCGGAAAAGGAGGCGUCCGCGUGGGGUUACAGAAGGCAUUCGGCAAAGAGUGUGUUGCUACUCAAUCCCGAACGGCACUGCGGGAAGAAGCAGCAACCCUCCGAGCGGAGAUUACGAAGGACGUUCUCGCGAAGUUGGCCACCGUGUUGCAAAAGAUGGGUGCACCCAUUGUGGACUUGGCAGACCUGAUUGUCGAUGAUCAGGGAAGUCAACAUGGGGAUUCUAACGCUUUGGUCGAGCCAACACCCGAGCCCAGUACCCCCGUAGCACCCCAGCUCUUUACUAAUACCCCCGUUGCUCAAAAUCCGGAGCCAACUCCGGUGCCAGUGCUACAGGAGGCGACUCCUUGUUCUCUUUUGCUGCCUCAGUUAGGUGUUGCUAGUGAUGGCGACUUAACUGAGGUUGCAUAUGGUAUGGCACAGCCAAAUAAAGAGGGCCAAACAGUGCAUUCAGUGCCUGUUACAAGUGGCCACAUCAGUGUGGCCGUGGAGACUAUUGUAAAGGGGUUUGAAGAUUUCUCACUCCCAAUUCCAAUGCCAGCAUGGAGCCUUGAGAAACUAUCAGACGCCCUAGGUAGUUUCGUCACAUGGCCAUAUGCUUGGGUCCGAUUCACUAACACGGUAAGAAUCAUUUGUACCUUAUUUAUUUUUAUUUUUUUAAUUGCAUGCUCACACUAAUUUAAUUUUAUAAAUUGAAAUAGCAAAAGAGUCCAAAGGGAUCUUGUAGAGAGGUCGGUUCCUCAGCAAAGGUGUCGACUGGGUCAAAGUCGAUGCCAAGCACUCCAAUUUUGACUGAUGAGGAGCUAAAAGAUCUCUCUCAAGAUUGCAAAUGGCUGCAUUAUUGUGCAUCUCGCAUAAGUGAGGAGGACCCAAUCAUGUUGCCCCUGCUGAAGGAGCAAUACUGCUUUUCAGAAGACCCGUUUGUAAUUAUUUGUCCUAGUGACAUCGGGCAAUUUUUGAGAGGAGAGAUGCUGAACGUAGCUCUUUUCCAUGUCUACAUGAGGUGAUGUUCAUUAUCUUACAAGUUAGGCAUUAUUGUUUAAUUGUUUUAAUGACCGAAUUACUAACAAAAUUCUCUUAUUUGUGAGUUUAGUGCGGUUUACGAGGAGGUAAAUUCUUGCGAACCUCCAAUAAAAAUUGGAUGGUUUUGUCCGGAGACGAUUUCGGGUAGUAAAUGUAGAAAUGAUCCAGAUGCCGUCAGAGCAUACAUUGAAACUGCUUUGACUAAUUCCCUUGCAUGUAAACACACAUUCAUUCUGGCUCCAUAUUGGGAAGAUUUGCAUUGGAUACUUCUGAUCAUAUGUCCUUUAACGAACACCGUGCACGUCUUCGACUCAUUACAAAAACCUAACAGCCUACCUCGCAACACAAGAUUCAAAGCAUUGUUGAAUGC